AUGGUGCAUGACAACGUUCUGUGCACAAUCUCUGUCAAGGUGUCACCUUUAAGUGUUACCGAGGUAUACUCAGCAUUUUUCUCUGCUUUCACCCAUUGGGGAAACUUACCGUGUUUUGCAUCAUAUAAUGCGCUAGGCGCUUUAGGUAGCCAUUUUUGGAUGAAUAUAUUCCGUACAUUUCGGAGUUCAUCAGCCAGCUUGUCGUCCAUACAGGUAUGUUCAGCUCAAACUUCCAAACAGAAUAUGAGUAAUACGAAGUUUCCGAAGUUAAUCAACUGUCCAUUCCACUCCGUAAAAGUAAAAGUCUCCCCGUGCACUGAUCACUUGACCGACCUAUCAUCAUGGCGAGCGUAUUCCCUGUUGUGUCGAUCAACUCGGUUGAGAUCUGUUUUCACAGCUGCGUGCAAAUGGAUUCAUGAAUGCUAUAAAACUCCCUCCUCACUGAUCACUUUUCAAUUCGUAUGUGACAAAACUUUUGAUGGACCCCUUUUUCUAACCACAUUCCACUCCCACAGGCCCAUAAUCAGCUACGCGUUGUGCGCAAUUUAUCUGGUCGUGUUCUGUCUCAGUUUGCUGUUCACUUCACUUGCACCGAUCGGUUUUGUUGAGCGACGCGUGGUAACUACCACCCGGGUGCCAAUGCCGAAUCUAACCACAACCUAUCAGUUGUGCUGGCGCGAUCAGACCAAUCUAUGGGUUGGUCCACGUCCGAUUGAUCUGAUCCGUUUUGGUGCAUCCUAUGCGCCCUGUAUGAGGGAACAAAUCGAGCAGGAAAAAAGCAUUUCAGGUUGUUGUAUCUUGGCGGAUGGUCGGGCUUGUUUCCAGAGUACUCGUGAUUCUUGCCCACAGUCGUUUUCUAUGUGGCUUCGAGGCAACAAUAUGGAAGCGCACCGGCACAAGGUAUCUGAAAAAUCAAUUCAGUAUAGCACAGCUCAAGAGGAAACAACUGAGCAACAGAAUCGCAAAAACGCCGGACCUAUUUGUGGACUGGAUCCAGAAUUCUGUUUACAACCAUCUCCUGACGAUGAACGGUGGUCCACAGCAGAUGUGACGCAGUGGCCGAGGCCAAAACAUGAAGUACUGAUGGCAACACCGCUUCAUAUGCGCUGUAAUGUGAUCGGGCAUCCAUGUUGUCGCGGUGCUCGUGGUCGAUGUAUGAUAACCACACGUGAACAUUGCGCGGCUAUUCGGGGCACUUACCACCCGGAGGCAGCUUUGUGCUCUCAGGUAGAAUGUUAUCCCUGCUACCAUCUCCUUAUCCAUCGCAUUAAACAUGAUACAUUUCUCACAGGAAAUAGCCAUUCUACGUUUUCCCUCUACAUAUGUGGUUGUGUUUGUGCUAUGCACGAGCCAAAGUGUAAUAAUAAACCACUCAGUGCAUUGCACGCAUGGAUCCCUACGGUCACCGAAUGA